AUGUACAAAAACGCCGUGUACUAUCCCAACUAUCGGGUCUAUCGUGGCGAGACACCUGCGUCGUUGAACUUCAGUUGUAUCAGCCAUGUUUUCUAUGCUUUUGCUCAUGUCGGCCCGGAUGGUGGAGUUUUUCUGAGUGAUGAUUGGGCAGAUAUGCAAAUGCCCGUUGAUGGUGCCACCGGCUGCCUAGGAUCAUUUAUGCGUUUAAAACAACAGCAUGAGCAUCUCCAGCUCGUUAUCUCAAUAGGUGGUGGCGCAGCUAGCCAAAAUUUUGCACAUGUCGCUGCUUCAGCUGCCACAAGAGACCAUUUCGGAAAGUCGGUCCGAGGUCUGGUUGACGCAACAGGUUUUAAUGGUAUCGAUAUCGAUUGGGAACAUCCUUCAGAUCCCGAACAAGGUCGGAAUUUUCUCGCCCUUCUUGCUGCUAUCCGGCUUCAUUUGCCUGAUGAACGAUAUUUGCUGACAGCUGCUUUGCCUGCCGGCCGAUGGGCUUUGCAAAACAUCGAUCUCUACAAAGCUCAAGAUUAUCUAGAUCUAAUCAAUCUUAUGGCUUACGACUUUUCUGGUUCAUGGUCACACAAGUCAGGACACCACGCUCAGCUUUACCCGGGAAACUUGCAGGAUGCAGCAAACGGAAGUGCUGCUGUCGAUUAUGUUAUAUCGACUGGGUUUCCGGCUUCAAAGAUACUACUUGGUGUUCCAGUGUACGGGAGGUCCUUUUUGAACUCUAGAGGACCAGGACACCCAUAUCAUGGUUGUGGCGGCGAAGAAGGAACAUUCGAGUACAAGUUAUUGCCAAGGCCUGGAACUCAAGAGGUGGUGGAUACUGCCACCGUUUCAGCUUCCUGCUAUGGGGGCGAUGGAGGAUGGGUCUCUUACGACAACCCACAGACUGUUAAGAUGAAGGCUGAAUAUUGCAGGCAAAGGCGUCUUGGAGUGGGUUAG